ACUGUCACGACGGCCAAGACGCAAGCCGCGUCGGUAUCCAGGCGGAAAGCGGAUGCUCAUUUCCAGUGCCCCUUCCCUGGCUGCCAUUCGACCUUCACACGUGCGCUCAAUUUGAACGGCCAUAUUCGCUCGCACAACGACGAGAAGCCUUUCAAGUGCGGGUAUUCCGGUUGCCUUCGCGCGUUCGCGCGCGCUCAUGACCAAAAGCGCCACCAGAAGCUGCAUUUGAACAUUCGUCCACAUCUCUGCGAGUACUGCGGCAAGACUUUUGCGCGUCUGGAUGCGCUCAAUCGACACCACAAA